AUGAGCAAUGGAUGGGGCCAGUUCUCCUGUUUUCACAUCCUUAGUGUUGGCUCUCCCACGCCUACACCAUCAAGGAAGCCUGCACAGCCAUGGCAGGCAAGAGGACAUUUGAAAGAGAUCCAAUCUACAAGACCAAGAGUUUUUGAUGACUUGGUAGAAAAGAAUGUGUUAAUGAGACUGAGAACACGGAAAGGCGUGAGCUUCCUUCUCAACCACACUGAGAGCAAGGUUGAGAAUAUCUUUGAGAAAACAGAAAUGGCAAACAAAAUAUUUGCAGGCCACAUUGUCAGUUCCAAGGAGCAGCUGAGUUUAAAAUUUCAUUCUGAUGAUGAGGAUGAUGAAUCUCGGAAAAUAUCUACAUCAUCUUCUCAAUCAGAAGCCAUAAAAGAAAAAGAAGAAGAAAUGGAGGAAGAUGCUGGAGUGGCCCAUGCAUCAAAUCUAAUAAUGAAAGCAUUGUUUGUGGAGUCAAACACAUUUUUAAAAAAAAUCAAGAAGAGAGAGGGGCAAGGAGACAGCACGUUUCUUCAGAUAUAUCCAGUGAUGGACAGAACACGCUUGGCUCUCAUCAUCUGUAACAAAAAGUUUGACUACAUUUUUGAUCGAGAUGAUGCUGAGGUUGAUAUUUUGAACAUGCAAGAGCUACUUCAAAGCCUUGGAUACUCAGUGGUGAUAAAGGAAAACCUUACAGAUCAGGAAAUGGAGACAGAAUUAAUGCAGUUUUCUGGCCGUCUAGAGCACCGGUCCUCUGACAGCACAUUCCUGGUUUUCAUGUCCCACGACAUCCUGGAAGGAAUCUGUGGGGUGAAGCACAGGGACAAAGAGCCAGAUGUUCUUCAUGAUGACACCAUUUUCACAAUUUUCAACAACUCUAACUGCAGGAGCCUGAGAAACGAACCCAAGAUACUCAUCGUGCAGGCCUGCAGGGGCAGACACCAUGAAAUUGUUUGCAUAUCCACAAGCAAAGGGAUAGCCACUGCUGACACAUGUGAGGAGAGUGUGCUGAGCUAUAAUUGGAAGAGCAGCAUGACAAAGGCCCAUGUGGAGAAGGACUUCAUUGCAUUCAAAUCUUCUACCUCACAUAAUAUUUCUUGGAAGGUAAGCAAGAGUGGCUCUCUCUUCAUUUCUAAACUCAUCAAAUGCUUCAAAAAGUAAUCUUGGCAUUAUCAUUUGGAGGAAAUUUUUCGAGAGGUUCAACAUUCAUUUGAGGUUCCAGGUGAAUUCACCCAGAUGCCCACCAUCGAGAGAGUAUCUAUGACACGAUAUUUCUACCUCUUCCCUGGGAAUUAACACAGGUGGCACACUUGCAGGUACAUGUAUAUGGGAAGUGAAUUUGGAAACCCAUUUACAGUCCAUAGAAAAAAGUCUGCAUAUGAUGGAAAAUGGUGGUGACACACCAGCUUCCUAUUAAGGAGCUUUCUUUAAUGAAGCUGUGGUAAUGCCUUAGUUUUAUUUGGUUUCAUCCAGCUAUGGUAUAAUUAUUGAGUAAGACGUUACUAGUCGUCUGGUAGCCAAGUGGAUGGAAAUGCACCCAGAAUUAAUGUUUUCUUUCUGGAACUCAAUCAGUGAGGGAAAAUAUUGGGUUUGAUGCAUGUAAAGAAUUCUGUAAUUGGACACCAUGUCCAUGAAUUAUCUCUUAUGAAGAAGCCUGUUUGAUGAGCCUCAUACUUUAUGUUCAUGAUGAGGGCAGUGUGAUUCACCAUGUAGCCUGAGAAGGCUUUGUCAGAACUGUGCUGAGGUAACCAGUGUCUCCUAAGUCACCCCACUCCACCACCACCACCAUCCCUGUGGGGGAGAUCUUAAAUACAGGUCACAUUCUUUCUGUCAAUAUAUUUCUAACUUCAAAGACCAUUCUAGCUAUAUCUUAGAACUAGUACAGUGAAGGUCUAUUCACGCUCCUCUCUACCAUACCAAGUUUUUCUUUUAAGAGACCUGUUUUCCAUCAAGAAGUUCAGAACCAAGCUUGAUGUCUAUUGACUUUCCACAAAUGUCAGGACUAAAAAUACAAUCACAAGUGGACUUGUGAACAAAUGAAUCUGGAGAGACCAUGCGGGUUUUUCAUUUUAUAAGAGUAAAUCAUGCUCAUUGCAAAACAAAUAUAAUAGAUUUUUAAAAAUAAUAAUCACUGCCAAAGUUUUUUGGAAAAGUAUAUUUAUAAAAAACUUCACCUUUAUUCAAUUUUGCCAGUUAUUGUGUUGUUAUUACCUUUAAUAAUAGCAAAGAAAUGUUUCUCACAGUUUUUAUUAUCAUAAUA